AUGGCAGGCAUUCGAUUCCUCCAGCGAUUGCCCGAAGAGCUGCUGCAGAACGUUGUGGAGCGACUUGAGCGACCGGACUUGCAGAGCCUGAGUCAGACAUCGAUCUGGUGUUAUCAAGUCGCCACCGCGCACCUCUGGCGGACUGUCGAGCUGGUCGAUUGCAAAACAGAACACGACGACGCGUACGGCGAUCCCGAGUACGACGACCACGACGACACGCCCUUGCUCAAGAAGCUCUUUCUCCUGGCGACGAAGCCAUGGCUCGCCGCGCACGUCCAAGUUCUCACCCAUCGAUGCCACCUGCCCCCACCCGCCAUCUUCCAUGAAUUGCCCAGGAAUGCCUUCAGUGCGCAAACGCUGUCCGCAGAUCCAAGGACCAUCAAGCUCGCCCAGAUGGCGGUCGGGAACAUGAAGAAAGUGCAUACGGUUCGAAUCAUUUUCGGACAUCCCCAUUUGACGGAUGCUCUGUUGAGAUGCUUCUUUGACUCCAGACGAGCCACGGGUGACUACGCCCGAGUGCGUAAGCUCUGGCUCGAGAAUUGUCGUGUCUCUGCGGGACUGAAUCCAGAUAUUGAUUACCAUCCUUACGGCUUGCCUCUACGGCUCGAUUUCACGGGCUUGGAAAGCAUUCGCCUUCGCCGGAUGCCGAUGCGAGCAGGACCACUGGAUCGUGCUGGCUACGCGAAUUAUACAGUCUAUGCGCGAGAUCUGUAUACCGAAGAACUACAAGACGGUCUCGGUGGAAGAUAUGCCGCGAGUACCAACCGCUUGUCGACUGAAAUGAGAGCAGGAGAUGAUUAUCUCACGUGGCUGGAGGCUCAAGGAAAGAAGACCACAACGGAGUUUGGGCGCACAGAUCCAAGGAGCUUACCGCAGUCGAUGGAGGAGCACCCACUCGUGGACAUCUACAGAACUGCGCAACGGUUUGACGCGCACAUGUAUAAGGCGUUGGGCAAGCUGGUGAAGCUGCCAGACGAUGUGCGCUUGCUUGGCGAGUUGACAAGCCAGAAAAGAGCUGAGAUCGCAUAUCGAGGCAACAUACUCGACCCAGGAUCGCUAUCGAAGGUGCCCAUGGCUUUGCGACAUAUGCAGGCCGAGAAGAUGCCGUGCGCUGAUGCAGCCAUGCUCAUGGUGCAUAAUGCGAGCGCCAGUUUGACUUCGCUCAAUCUGGACUGGAUUCUGAGUGUGCCACACCUUACACCCGGAAAUUACCUGCAUUGUGGCGAGCAGAGAUUUGAGAAUUGGAUCGCGAUGUAUCACAAUUUGUUCCGUUGCCGCUUUCCCAAACUCAGAGCCUUUCAAGUCCGCAAUUGUGUGGUGAUGCACACAACACUCCCGGACGGAUUAUAUCUUCUCGACACGUCCACCAUCGCCACUGAGAAGCCGCUGACCAGUCGAGAUCCGGCCACUGGUGAAGAUGUGCCCUUCGCGCUCGCUGGUCUGGCUUUUAUGGAAGCCCACCCAGAACUUCAAUGCUUAUCUUGGCCAAUGACCCGCUUUUUCUCCAACAAACCGUCGACGCCCGAAGUGCAACAGCGAGUGAAUCUUGUUCUGGAGAACAUGGCUCGUAAUCUGAUCGAUUUGCGGGUUGACACCAAGUUCAGCGAGAUUGGCGAACCAUUCUCCGAAACGGACGGCAUGGGGAAUCUCGAGGAUCGCAUCCGACGAAAGCGCUUCAUCGCAGAGUUUGCUCCCAAGAUGAGAAAUCUGCGAAAUAUCAAAAUCGAGGGUGGCAUGCCGCGAGACGAGAGACGAGAGGUGGUGCGGGCCCUGCAUGCAUGCAGUCUGGAAAAGAUCGUGACAAUCGGAAUUUGCAGUCCGAUCGGCAAUACCUGGGGUGAAGAUGGUGAUGAAGUGAGCGAACACGUCGAUGAAAUGGACCGGACCAAUCUCGAAGCUGAAGACAAGUCUGCAGUGUUCCAACUGGGCGUGAGCAAGCCGCUCCCACCUUACAGCGAUUUCACAUUCGUCCCACAAUACGGUUGGGACGGACAGCCGCCGAUGCUGCAUACACUCGCAUCAUACCAUGCAGACACUAUUCGCGAGUUGAAGUUUUGCGGCUGGAAGGGUGCUCCAUUGUUGCUGAACCCAACGCCUCUAACUACGCCUCUUCUUUCACCCCUGAAACACUUUCACAAGCUCGAGUCGCUGAUCAUCAGUCUAUGGCUGAGUACACAAUUUGCAGGCCACCCUCGCGAUAGCGAAGUCAUAUCCUACUGGACCAACGCCCGAUCGCCCGCAGCCCAGGCGCUGGUCCUGAUCUCGGACGAGGAACCUGAAAAUGCGUGGGAUUUGGAGCUGCGAACCAAGUACGCGCCUGGUGCACUGGCAUGGCGUGUGACAAAUCUCUUGGGACCAUUUCUGAGCCCUGAAGCGAAGAGUCGACCAGGGGGUGUGCAUGUGAGGGCUUCGUUUAGUAUCGGGGACUGGGGUGGAAUCUUCGACCUGGAUUUGCAUAUCGGGAAGGGAGCUCUGAAAAGUGACGUCUGUCUGGGUUACGUGGGACCCCGAGAGGAAAACGAGGAGACUCGUCGAAAGGAAAAGUUGGAAGGACGACGGUGGUUUUGAUGAUAUGCAGUAGUCAUGCUGCUUUACCAUUGCACCGCGGACGUGGGGAUGAACGCGAUGAGCGAUGACUCGAAAUACACAGUCCACACAGAUUGCGUCGGGAGAGUCUUGUCCAGCAGACAAAGACUGGGUAUUCCCGCCCGAUCACCAUUGCGGGAGGUGAUGCGUCGGAC